AUAAAAUUACGUCAUGAAGAAAAUCCUUCUGAUAAGUCUUGUUAUCGUACUGUCAUAUUAGACAGUAGAGUAUAACACAUUUGACGAACCGUUUGCAAAACACUUGUUUUACUUAACAUCAGCAAGUUAUUGCAGCGAACAACACAUAAGGAAUUGGAACUGCGGGAAACCAUGCAAAGAACUCAAACCAAUCACUGACGUCACGAUCUUCGUUAAUGCAACAAAUGAGAAUGCAGGAUACGGUGCAUAUCAUCCUGAAACUGACGAAAUCUAUUUAGUUUUCCGAGGAACCUUACCAUGGAGUAUCACUAAUUGGAUUGAGGAUAUUGACUUCAUCAAGACAGAUUAUCCUUAUUGUCCCAACAAUUGUUAAGUUCAUAGGUAUUUUGAAAAUGUAUUUAUAUCAUUCUAGAGGUUUCUAUUAUUCUUUCCUUGGAAUUUAAGAUUAAGUUUUGAACACUUUGAAAUCAUUAACCAAGAAGUAUCCCCUCGCCAAGAUAACCAUUACAGGCCAUAGUUUGGGAGGAGCUUUGGCUCACCACGCUCUGGUUUAUUUGGCAACUGUAUUAUUUUACAUUUAUGUCAGAGAGGAUUUACUAUUAGCAAAUUCUAUACUUUUGGAUCCCCAAGAGUUGGUGACAAGAACUUCUUUACUUACGUUAACUAACAACUAUUCCCAGGACCUAAAUUUAGAGUCACUCAUAAUCAUGAUCCAGUCCCUCAUCUUCCAGCUCUCAUUUAAGGAUUCCAUCAUGUGAAUCAAGAAGCUUAUUAUAAGGACUACUUGUUGGUUAUUCACAAGAAGUAAUAAAUUAAUAGAUUUUUAGAGUUUAAUUAUGUAAUGACAGUCUCAAAGAAGAUGACAGUUGCUCAAACGCUAAUCUAGUCGACUUAUCUGUAUCUGAUCAUGCCAAUUACAUGGGUUACGACAUGACAUUAGAAUUACUCACUUGUUAGUGAUUUAAUUUAAAUUUUAUA